UUAUUAUUAAAAUUAAGAGUUUCACCUUCUGCUACAGUAUUAACCAUUGUUCAGCUAUCUAAUAUGGAUGUCAUAUGGCUGACAUGUGAACCUUGUGCCACCUUGUGCCCUGAUUGGCAUGACCCUGAAGCAUGACCCUUCCGAUUCUAAAGGAUCCGUCCGACAUUCCCAACUUCUGAAUUUCGAUUUCCAUUGUGACAAGUGGCGACGGCUUUAUAACUGAACCCAUAUUGGAAAGCCGAUGUAUUACUUUUUAUUUACUUAUUUAUUUAUUUGUUAAUCAAGCACGCUCUCUCAACGGUUAAAACCUUAACUGUAACCGUCAGCGAAGAUCAACCGCCAUAACAACCGCUAGUUCUCAAAUAGCCUACGGCCGCUUCUACACCGAAAGCAUCUCCGAUCAACUGAUCACUACCAUCAACGACGUUUCUCUCUCGUACGAUGACCUUACAACCGCCUGAUUCGGUGACAGACUGAUCGUCCAUGACAAGCACACUACAGAGGAUCAUAGAUUGUUUCAGUGACUGUGGCGGUUGUAACAAACGCAAAGGGAAUGCAAGGCAAGAUAUGUUGAACAUGAAUCUGAAUACAAAUUGUGCUCCCAUGCCGCAUCAGGGUGUCCGAUUGCAUAUUCAAGACCAUUAUGUGGUGAUGGAUAAUGGCAUAGCUCAAGUCACAUUAUCGAGACCAGGGGGUAUUGUUACUGGAAUACAGUAUGAUGGCAUCGACAAUUUGCUUGAAGUUCGAAACAAGGAAACCAAUAGAGGGUACUGGGACUUGUAUUGGAAUGAAAUAGGAGGCAAGGGAAUAUUUGAUGUGAUUCAAGGAACAAGUUUUAGAGUUAUAGUGGAAACUGAGGAACAAGUUGAGCUCUCGUUCACAAGAACUUGGGAUCCCUCCCUCGAGGGCAAGUACAUUCCUCUAAAUAUCGAUAAAAGGUUUAUAAUGCUUCGCGGUUCAUCUGGCUUUUACUCCUAUGCCAUCUACGAGCAUUUCAAGGAAUGGCCUGGUUUUGAGCUUGGAGAGACCAGAAUUACUUUCAAGCUCAGAAAAGACAAGUUUCAAUACAUGGCAAUAGCAGAUAACAGGCAAAGAUACAUGCCCUUCCCUGAUGACCGAUCAAAUGGAAGAUGCCAACCUUUGGCUUAUCCAGAAGCAGUCCUAUUUGUCAAUCCCAUGGAUCAGAGGCUAACAGGAGAGGUGGACGACAAGUACCAGUAUUCAUGUGAGAACAAAGAUCUUCGGGUCCAUGGUUGGAUCUGUUUUGAUCCACCUGUGGGGUUCUGGCAAAUCACACCUAGUGAUGAGUUCAGAUCUGGUGGACCCCUUAAACAGAACCUAACCUCACAUGUAGGACCCACCACUCUGGCUAUAUUUCUUAGUUCACAUUAUGCUGGAAAACACAUGGUUCCACGAUUUGAAGCUGGGGAACCGUGGAAGAAAGUUUUUGGCCCUGUUUUUAUAUAUCUCAAUUCCGCAGCCUAUGGAGAUGACCCACUUUGGCUGUGGGAGGAUGCCAAAAUCAAGAUGAUGGUUGAAGUUCAAAGCUGGCCAUACAGUUUCCCUGCUUCAGAGGAUUUCCCAAAGUCAGAACAACGGGGUAAUGUUAAUGGGAGAAUAUUAGUCCAAGAUAGGUAUAUCAGCAUUGACUACAUAAUAGCAAGUGGUGCAUAUGUUGGCUUGGCUCCUCCGGGAAAUGCAGGAUCAUGGCAAAUGGAAAGCAAGAACUACCAAUUCUGGACCAAAGCAGAUGAGAAUGGCUUUUUCUCCAUUAGAAAUAUACGCCCUGGUCACUAUAAUCUUUAUGCAUGGGUUCCUGGGUUCAUUGGAGAUUAUCGACACGAAUUUGUCAUUACCAUAAUCUCAGGUUGUAACAUUGAAAUGGGUGAUGUUAUAUACGUACCUCCAAGAGAUGGACCCACAGUGUGGGAAAUAGGCAUCCCUGACCGCUCAGCUGCAGAGUUCUAUGUUCCUGAUCCUGAUCCAAAGUAUAUCAAUAGACUUUUUGUCAAUCAUCCUGACAGGUUUAGGCAGUACGGUUUGUGGGAGAGAUAUACUGAAUUAUAUCCUGAUGGAGACUUGGUUUACACCAUUGGCGUUAGUGACUACAGGAGAGAUUGGUUCUUUGCACAGGUUGUCAGGAAGAUAGGUGAUAACACAUAUCAAGGAACUACAUGGCAAAUCAAGUUCAAACUCGAUAAUGUGGAUCAGAGUGGUAUCUACAAAUUGCGAGUUGCACUUGCAUCUGCUACUCUAGCCGAAUUGCAGGUUCGGGUUAACGAUCCAAAUACAAAUCGCCCUCUAUUUACAACUGGACUGAUAGGGAGGGACAAUGCCAUAGCAAGACAUGGAAUUCAUGGGAUCUACAUGCUGUACACUGUGGACAUACCAUGUAGUCGGCUUGUUAAAGGGGAUAACAUCAUCUUCUUGAAACAACCAAGAUGCAAUGGCCCUUUCCAAGGAUUCAUGUAUGACUACAUCCGUCUCGAAGGCCCCCCAACUUCAUGUUAACUGGAAAGCAUAUCGGCAGGUGGUGACGUUUCUGGCGAGAUUGGUUUAUUUCCUGGAUUUCUUUAGCAUUAAAUGUAUAUUUUUGGCUCUAACUUCAAUAACGUAUCUUAGUGCAAUUUAGAAACGAGCCCUACCAAAUAGUCAAUUGCAUGAACAAUUAUGAACUAAUAUAAUUCAUGCACCAUUUGUUUUCUCUAAUGAUAGGUAUAAUCAUAUGUACUUUAAGAACAUUUUAACAUGAGCAUAUCUAUGUUGUGCCAUGCUAGCACUAACCCAUUUUUUUGUAGUAGGAUAGAAGUGUUUCAGAUUUUUGUAUCUAAUCUCUUCAUGUGAUUUUAAAAUGCACUUUGCCACUUUCCCACACUUCAGGUGAUUUUAA